CAGAAAAUCCACGUGGCAAACAGCUGUACCGUUAGUAAUGACAGCUUUAUGGUAGGUUUAUGAAUAAUUAAUUACCCGCCAUAAAGCAUCCAAAAGGCGUUUCUUCACCCAUUAAAGGAAGAUCCUUUUUUGCAGAGAAGAGAUUAAAAAAAACCUAAAGUUUUCUCCUUUUUAUCAAUGGCGGAUUCGGGUAAACUAGAGAGCGGAGGAGCCGCCGUAAUAGGCGACAUUGGAGACGGCGGCGCGGCGGUGGAAGAGAGGGAGAUGCUAGCGGAGUUGGAAGGCAUAUCUGUGUUGGAUUUCGACCUGCUUUGCUCGACGGUGGCGCUUCAGACUCAGGGGAAGUGGAGGAAACUCGAGAGCUCUGACGGAGAAGAUGAUGAAUACGGCGGCGGCGUCUUACGCCUUUGGGAAGGCGAUGUUAUGGACUGCCUCGAGGAUCGUCGUCUCUGCAUAGAAUCCGCUUGCUGUCCGUGCUACAGAUUCGGGAAGAACAUGACAAGAACCGGUUUUGGUUCCUGCUUUCUUCAGGGUACUGUUCAUAUGAUUCUUAUCAUCGGUCUCCUAUUCAACGUUGCAGCUUUUGCUGUAACCAAAAGGCAUUGUUUUCUCUAUCUGGCUGUUGCUUUCGUCCUUUUGAUUGCUUCCUAUCUGGGGUUCUUCCGUAUGCAGAUAAGAAGAAAGUUUAACAUUAGAGGUGCUGAUAAUUUCUUUGACGAUUGCAUCCACCAUCUUAUGUGUCCGUUUUGUACAUUAACUCAGGAAUCGAAAACACUGGAGAUAAACAAUGUACAUGACGGUAUCUGGCAUGGUCGAGGAGACACGCUAUGCAUAGGCGGCUAUCCCGAAGGAAAAUCUUUGCUUGAGCUGCAUUCUCCUCCAGUUAUUGUAUCAACAAUGUCAUCUGAACCCUAAAAACCCAACGUAGACGAGAGUAUACUGAGACAAGCUCUGUAUCAUCAUCAGCUGUGGUGUGUUCACCAUUGACGCAUAAUCAUGUCAGAAGAUAACUUUCAUGUUUGUCUUUUCGAAACUGUGGUAUAGAGCAAACAUGGAAGUUCUAUUUGAAAGGAGAAACAUUGAGAACCCACUUGUAUGCUAAUAGUGUGUACCAGUGCCAGUUAUCUGUAUAUAUAGCCACCUAUUUGUAUGAUAAUAUAUUUGAUGAUGAUGGUCAUAGAUACCGUUGUAAGUUAC